GAUGUGUGCACUGAUCAGGUCUGCAGUGGCACGGAGCUGCUGUGGACAGGGUACUGCAGAUUCUGCCAAACCAAAGUGUAAUCACAGAGCCGGAUAACUACCACUUACAAGAAGGCUGGUUUGUCAUUUUUCAAAACAACACGGAUCUUUCCCAUGAUUCGGCGUUGCUGCGUAAAGUCCUGGCGGCCUGUGAGACGGUUUGAAGCGACUCGUCUUCCCCUGUCCCGAGGGCUGACCAUGACGUGACGUCCGAGCACUGCCGCACUAGACCGCCUCCUCCGAGCCGCAUUAUGGAGCUCAAGGUAUGGGUGGACGGGGUCCAGAGGAUCGUAUGCGGAGUGACGGAGGUGACCACGUGCCAAGAAGUCGUCAUCGCCCUGGCACAAGCGAUCGGUCGCACCGGAAGAUAUACGCUGAUAGAGAAAUGGAGGGAGACGGAGAGACACUUAGCACCUCAUGAAAACCCAGUGAUUUCAUUGAACAAAUGGGGACAGUACGCUAGUGACGUGCAGCUUAUUUUGAGACGCACCGGGCCGUCCCUCAGCGAGCGGCCCACUUCGGACAGCAUCUCCCAUGCCCAUAUUCCGGAGAGGAACUUAUACAGGCAAAGCCUGCCCCCUCUGGCCAAACUGCGGCCCCAGAAUGAUAAAUCGAUAAAGAGGCGCGAGCCAAAGAGGAAAUCGUUGACUUUUACAGGUGGGGCCAAGGGACUAAUGGACAUUUUUGGUAAAGGCAAAGAGUCCGAGCUCAAGCAGAAGGUGCUUAGGAACUGUAAACCAUCAGCUGAGGAGCUGAAGAAGCUGAUCCACUUGCAGACUGAGAAGCUCCUGUCCCUGGAGAAGCAGCUGGACUCCAGCGAAGCGGAGGAGCGAUACUGGGAACAGAAGCGCAAGUCCCUCUUGGAUGAGGAAAUUGGGAGGUUAGAGCAGAAGGUCAAGAGGAACGAGGUGGAGAUAGAGGAAGAGGAGUUCUGGGAGAACGAGAUGCAGAUCGAGGUGGAAAACGAGAAGCAGCUGAAGGAACAGCUGCAGGAGAUGACCCAACGGAUGGUCCAGUGCGAGAACCAACUGAAGGGUUGCCACAGCCAAAUCCACACUAUAGGAAGCGGCAUCGAGGCGGAAAAGUUGCAGAGGGAGGUGCAGGAGUCCCAAAUUAAUGAAGAGGUGGUGAGGGGGAAGAUUGAGAAGGUCAAAGCUGAGCUGGAGUUCCAGGGACAGGAAAGUGUCCGGCUGGAGAACGGCUACAAGGCCGUAGAGAGGUCUCUGGGGCAGGCUGCAAAGCGGUUACUGGAACGAGAGCAGGACCUGGAACAGCUGACCAAAGAGUUACGGCAGGUGAACCUCCAACAGUUCAUCCAGCAGACCGGCACUAAAGUUACCGUACUUCCCGCAGAGCCGAGCGAGGCCGAAUUCCCGCAGCCGGAGAAGGAGCCAGCAUUUCAGUCGGGGUCUCUGAAACGACCAGGUUCUUCGAGGCAGCUUCCAAGCAACCUGCGGAUCCUCCAGAAUGCCUUGUCAUCAGGUUUCAACCCCGAGGGCAUCUACGUAUAGCUCUGCGCUGCUGUCAGACGUGCUGUUCGUGGUCGCCAUAGUGGACAACUUCUGCCACCACUAGGACUAUAUGGAGCAACUCCUGAUUUCCUUCACCCACUGAACGUCCCGGGACGUACCACCACCACCCACCUACACAAAACAGGAGCCAUAACCUCACUGACCCUUUCCAAGGACUCAGACGGGUUGUAUCAGCAAGUAUGAAGCAAUAUGACAGCUCGCAUGUUACUCUGAGGUCACCACGUUCUUUUCCAGUGUAUUACAAAUACUUCUUUCCAAGUAUUAUUUCAUAUGGAAUCAAAGACUGGCUGGAAGCACUGCGCGUGUCUGUCCAUCCCAGUGCGGUCACUGGUGUACAGGACUAUUGAAAGUGAUAUAAAUAUAUAUAUUUUUCCAUUUGCUUAUGAAUUUUAUAUCUCAUGCCAACGAUGAAAUAAUGUUUGUUGUAUGUUCUAUGUACAUGUCCAGUAUUUCACUCUAUAUUCCUUUCCCCCCCCUUAAUUCUCAACCAGAACAGUGUUACAAAGUCGCUCCUUCGGGGGGUAACUUUUCAUUUAGGCCAGUGGGAUGGGAAACGCGGAGCAGGGAUGGCAGACCGUAUUAAUCACAAGUCAGAUCCCUUUCCGAUUGGGCACAAGGGGGACUAGAGGGAAAAUGAUAGAGUUCACCAAUAAAUGAUGUUCCAUACGAUUACACACCCGGGUGGUCUCUGAGCUACUAAAAUGACAUUGCAAUAUAAAUGAAAGGUCAGUAGACGGGAAGCCGGCCUUUGCUUGAUAGUUCCACCUGUUUUAGGGGCGCACCAAUGCGGCUUAAUCGUAGGGGCUUAUAGAAAAUACGCAAUUGGCUUCAGGCAACCGAAUAUAAUGUCUGACUCCCAGUGAGUUACAUUGAAAGCUUCCAGGAAUCCCAACAUCCUAACGUCGUGUUUCAUUAUACUUUGUAAUAUGCAAAAUUAAUAUCUGGAUUAUAAAGUAUGGUGAUUCAGUUGAGUCCUAAAAUAGAUGGAUUUGGUGCACCCCAAUUUACUUAAACUUUAUCAUUGGUGAAGAUGCCGAUUCUUUGUCUGAUAAUCUUCCUACAGUAUUACAGUUUUAGGUUUGGCGUAAGGACAGACUAGGCGCCUUACCUUCCCAAACUUCCUGUACUCAGUCAGUAUUUAGGUAGAGAACUAAAGAUUCCAACAUCUGGCCACUAAAACAGGGCAUGCUGGGACUAGUAGAUCCCCCACAUUAGUAAACCACCUGCAUUACCCUACUGUUACCCCAAAAUACUUGGGUCUUAUUUUUAGUGUCCCUUUUCAGCUAGACAUUCCAAUGACCAGUCUAUUCCGAGGUUAGCAGAGACCUAGAAUUGGCUACGUCAGUAGUUCUCAAACUUUUUUGACUCCCGACACCCUAGACCAGGGGUGGGGAACCUUUUUUCUGCCAAGGGCCAGUAGUUAUGCCCCAAGUCAGUAGUUAUGCCCCCAGCAGAUAUACCUCCAGUCAGUUGUUAUGCCCCAUUUGAUAUGCCCUCUAGUAGCGCCCCGCUUACACACACACAUUAAAAGAAGAAAAAAAAACAAUACUCACCAGCCCCGCUCCUGCUUCCAGACCAUUGCCCUCCACUUGGCCGUCUGCUCCUCAGAACUAUGGGAGAGAUGUCAUGACAUCUCUCCCAUAGCACCGCACAGCCGCACAUGCAUACUGCCAGAGCCGGAAGCCAGUGCUCAGGAGUGAGCUCUUGCCUCCGGCUGCUGCUGAGGGGAAAAAGCCAGGCGCCCGCUAGUAACAAAAUCUCAGCGGGCGCCCCACAUCCUGGAAGGGCCGGAUCAAGUGGAUCUGCGGGCCUUAAACGGCCCGCGGGCCUGAGGUUCCCCACCCAUGCCCUAGACUCAGAGCAUCUGAAUUUUUUUUUACUGCACCCCUAGGCCAAAAGUUUCUUACUGAGAAAUUUAGAAAAAAAUAUUAAAUGAAGUAAAUUGUGUUUAUAUGUCAUCCUUAGGUUCCGUUAUCUGGUGCAGGACACAAUUUACUUUUGUUUGUCCAUAUAUUUUAUGAUUGACAUAAAUAAUCCUAAAUAAUUGGAAUUGGUCCUGGACCACCAAUCCAAGACACCCCUGCAAGUGUCCUGAGGCACCCCAGGGUGCCACGGCACACACAGUUUGAGAACCACUGGGCCACGUAAUAAAAUGUUGCUGGGGAAACACUAAAGUACACAUUCAUUAUUAUAAUAUUUUUGUUCUGUACCUGUGUUUGGUAUCUGUUACCAGAGAGCACUUUGCCUCCAUAAAGCCAUUGAUCAAAGAAAAUAAAAAAUAUUAAAAGAAAUAACUCGCAGGAAACAAUGUUAACAAAACUAUGUUAUUAUUCAUAUUUAUGUGUAGUGCAUAGAGAAUGUACCGUUCGAUACAGUCACGGUUAUGUUUGUCAGGUAGCGGACAGCCAAGACUAAACCGGCUCUCGUAUCUCAGAUCAGGAAUCGCCAUAUGUUUGAAGCACACGUAUAGUAAUUGCUAAUGACAACAUGGCAUGUAGGUGAGGGUGGGGGACUGUUUAAUUGCAUAUCUGCCAACGUUUAAGGGUGCAAAAUUGGGACAGUUCCCCCACCUGACCAAACGCAGCCUGAUCUGACCGAACACAUAUUGUAUGUAUGCUUGAGGUCACGUCUGCUUUACCUUAAGGCCUGCCGCUCUCAGUGUCUCUGAAUUGGGACAGUCCCAUAAAAUGGGGACUAUCCGGAGGGAUCAGAAUACAAUGUUAUCCGAUAUAUGCCACUGAAGGCUGAGGGUGCCCAUCCUGUGUGUUUGACAGGAUUUGUACCCUCUAGUAAAAAAUAGGAGAACAUUUAUUUUUAUUUUUCUGUAUUUUUUUUGUAAGCAUGUGAUUUUUUUUAAUGACAUUCAUAGAGGAAGAGGGAAAGUUUUUAUUAUACAUUCCAGAAAGUCAGAUGAAGCUGUAGCUUAAAGCACUCCAAACUGGUCUUCUGGUGUCUGUCACCAGUAUAUAGUGAAGGCAGCCAUUGUGUGGGAUGAACCCUGUCCUAUGAGAAUGCUGCCUGUCUUUUCACUGUGCAGCACUGAUAUCGCUGAGGCACAGUGGAAGCAGCCAUUUUGUGGGCUGAACCUUGGCCUGUGAGAAUGCUGCCUAUUGAUUGGCUAAACACCAUUGAUGUCACUGAGGCUAAGCAGGGGCAGCCAUUUUGUGUGCUGAACUUAGGGCUACGAGAAUGCAGCCUAUCCAUUCGCUAAUCACUGAGGUAAAGUGGGGGCAGCCAUUUUCAGGGCUGGGCAUUUAUGAGCAUUCUCCAGGGACCAGUGACACCUCUGAACAGAAUUCACAGAUACGUCGGCCUUCUCAUAAAUAUGUCAUUAGCCGUGGAAGUCUCUGCUUCCCCUGUGUGUGGGUGCCGCUGCCACAGGUGUUCUGAAGAGAAAAUAGAGCUUGUUUUUGCUUUGACAUCUGGGUAGUCAGAGUAUAUUUAUUACAUCCCAGAGAUCAGACUGCGUAAGAAGGCCGAAAGUAAGGAGAAAUAUAUUGUUGCAGUCUCCUCAUAAUUCAGCACCUGCCGUCGUCUCUCUUAUUUAGAUCAAUGCUGUUCACAACGGUCUACACAGGCUUGCAUGUAAUGCUGGAACUUGUAGUUCCACAAUAGGUUGCCCAUGGGGCUGCGAUAAAAAAAAAUCUGUGAGUCCGGGGUGAGAUCAGGCCCCAAGGAGGAACACAUUACAGUGCCGUUACCGGCGCAGCGGCAAUUUGCCUCCUUCGCGUGUUAGUGGAUUGACCGAUUUAUAUUAAACACCAUGGCACCCAAUCACGUUCAGUCCUUUGUCUAGCGCGGGCAUGGCCUCCUUUGCAUGAAUUACCGUAAGCAUUACAGUACAGAGAUGUGAUGGGAUACAGACCAUAUGUUGUUUCUAUCACAGAAUCCUAACCGCGCCAGGUUUGUGUCUCAUCAUCAUGGAAAUAUUGGCUGCAAAACCCUUAGCAGAUGUACGGAAGAUAAUAGAAAACGGAGCUUCGCUGGGUUUGUGGUCCACAUGUUACACAGAAUGUGCUGCAAAUGGCUGAUGUAGAAUUAUUUUGGCCUCUUCAAAUUGUGACCUCUAACCUUGCUAUCAGGGGUGUGAUAUUUCCUUGCAUCAUGCUCUACUCCAGACACUAAAUGGGCCCAGUCAAAAUAGCGGGGUACAUUUCAUAAAACUUCCAAAAAUUAAGUGUCAGGAUUGCCCCUAGGAACCAAUCAGAUACCAGCUAUCAUUUCCCAGAAUGCAAUGCAUAAAUAGUAGCUAGAAUUUGAUUGGUUGCUGCGGGUAACAAAAACUCAAAGGUGGCAUUUAUGAAAACUGACCUUUUUAAUAAGGUGUAUCUGUGCUGUAACCCUUAGCAACCAGAUUGUUGCUGUAGGCAGGCAUCUGGUAGAUACAGGUUACAGUACUUUCUCUGUACAGUUUCCUGUGGUAUCCAGACCGCACUGUGUCCAAAGUUUAUCCCUCACCCCACAACAGGUCAUGUUUUCAGGAUUUCCCCUGUACAAACACAUGGGAUAUUUGCCACGGGCCCAAAAAAAAUAAAAUGAAUCGCUUGAUGCUGGAAAUACCGUAAACAUGACCUGCUCUCGGUAUUAGAAGACAAGAAAUGAUGUGCUUUAAUGUAAACUGUGACUCUCUAGAGGUUUCCCUUAGCUGGGACUUGUAGUUCCACUACAUUGGUUUUUACGCUAUGCUGCCUAGAAGACAUCAAUUCUGAGUCAGUGAGUCGCCGAAUCGUUUGUAGAACCAAAGUUCAGGGACCGAUUUAACCUUUUUAUUAGGUGAACAAGUAAAGUGAUGGAGACUUUUCAAAGUAUUAGCCAGCGUGAUGUGGGAUGAAUGCGGUUUUCUUACCGUCUGCGCAUUCUGCAGACCUAGACGAAUGCGUGAAUCUGAACGUACUAUGGCAAUAACCGUUUGCUUUUUUUAAAGUGUACCUGUCCCCUAGACACAGUGGGAGCGGCUAAUCUUUUUCCUAGGAGCCUAGUGACCUUGCGGAGGCACGAGAGGCACUUUGCGCCUCAUUGGUAAUACUAGUUCACAGUGAACUGAUGGAUGGCCACCAUAUAUUUUUUUUCAGGCCACAUAAUGACCGCCCCCAAAGGGUUAAGGUGACAGUGACAAUAACUGAAGGAAAUGUUCAAUAAAACCUUUUUUUUUAUUAUUUUACUUUAUUUUGUUAUGAUUAUUCCGCUUGUUACCUGCUCGGAGACUGUGAAUGCAUACAGCUUGGCUUGCCUUUUUGCUUUUCGAUGUAAGAUGAGACUCUGUAUUAUAUGUAAUUAUCUAUUUUCUGUUAAUAAUAUUAUCUAUUUUCUGAUUUUACCCACACGUUGUUACUUAUUGCUAUGAAAUGCAGAAUUUGAUGAUUUGUUGCAUACAAUAUAUUCCCGCACACAUUGGGACCUUU